AUACUAAGACUGCAUAAAGGGCACUGCACGAAUUGAAACGUAAGCCGACAUUUACAACGUUCCACCAGACAACCACGCGUGCCGUGUGCGCUCAGUGCCGUCAAGAUGGGAGGAGAAUUACUUGUGGCAUUUGUUUUAGUUAUUAUUCUUGUUACAAAACUAUUUGUGUUAAUAAGUAAAACAUCGUGCGAGUCAAAGCUUCCUAUGACGGGCAAAGUUAUUAUAGUGACAGGAGCUAAUAGCGGGUUAGGGUUCGAAACGGCCAAAGAUCUGGCGAAACGUGGAGGUCGGGUCAUCAUGGCCUGUCGGAACGAGCACCGCGCGCUCGCAGCCCGCGAUUCAAUCAUCAAAGAGACAAGUAACCCAGAAGUCGUUUACAAGCACCUCGACAUGUCGUCCCUUGCGUCGGUGCGACGAUUCGUCGAGGACAUCAACAACACGGAGAAGCGACUAGAUGUCCUCGUCAACAACGCAGGAGUCAACGGGUGCGGGGAUCGUUUCACGGAGGACGGCAUUGUCGAAGAGAUGCAAGUCAAUUACUUCGCAGCAUUUCUCUUAACUCUUCUCCUUCUGCCUCUACUGAAGAAAACCGGGGCGAGCCGGAUUGUAAAUGUUAGUUCGACUUUACACUUUUUUGGGAGGAUACAUUUUGAACACAUAAAUAAGAGAGGCUAUUACUUGGACAUGUUUACAUAUAGCAAUAGUAAGUUGUGCAUAAUUUUGUUUACCGUUGAGCUAGCUCGAAAGCUGAAGGGAUCCGGUAUAACAGUGAACGCCGUACACCCUGGGGUGAUUAUGACUAACAUCAGUGCUACAUCGUGUGCACUUGAACGGUUUUUGUUUUCUUCUCUUUGUUGGAUUUCUUCCAGAAAUGUUGUGGAAGGGGCGCAAACAAUUAUAUAUUUAGCGGUAGCGAAGGAAGUUGCCACUACCACUGGAAAGUACUUCAUAGAUUGUAAAGAGAGAUACAUGACUAGAAAGGCUUCAAAUAAGAAACUUACAGCUGAUCUGUGGAAUUACUCGAAAAAAUUAGUGGGCUAUGAAGAACCAAAUAAACAUGAGUAAAUUGGCACCGUUAUUGUGUAAUAA